GGAAAGGAAGGCGACACAGUGUUGCUUGUGGGUCCCUGUGGGGCCGGCAAAACAGCAUUGUUCUUGCAGUUGGAGAGGGGGGAGGCCGGAAAAGGCACAGUGGCGUCCAUGCAGGAAAAUGUGGGUUUGGCCAAGCUGCCCUUCGGAAAGGAGGGCAAGUACAGGGAGGUGCGCGUGGUGGACAUUCCUGGCCACCCGCGCAUGUUCAGCAGGCUGCUGUCUGAGCAUGCGGACAGGACGCGGGGGAUCAUCUUCGUGGUGGACUCUGUGGAUUUCAUGCCGCAGAAGGAGCAGAUAGCGGAGCAGCUGUAUGACGUGCUGGCGCACCCUGUCAUCAGCGGGCGCCGCCUCCCAGUGCUGCUGGCAUGCAACAAGUCAGACUGUGGCACUAAGGCGCACACAAUGAAGUUCAUCAGGAAGCGGCUGGAGAAGGCCAUCGAUCAGCUCCGCAGCUCUCGCAGCGCCAUGAGCGACGACAGCAAGAGGAAUGAGGUGUUGGGCAGAGCAGAUGAGGCCUUCAGCUUUGCGGGCUUGGCGAAGGCGCAUGGGGCCAGGUUGUCAGUGACGGACCUGUCUGCUUUAGAGGGGCAGAUUCAGUCUGUGCAGCAGUUCUUAUUUGGCAUGGCAGCAAAUUAA